AUGCUGGUUUCAAUUCCUUUUUCUGAACCUUCAUGGCUGAUGGGACUGCCAUCAGCAUACUACACAGAUUCCCACCACAAGUUCCAAAAGGCUAUCCGUCCGUUCAUCCAGAAACACCUUUUAGACAAUGCUAUUGAAUGGGACAAAGCCGAAACGGUUCCAGACCGUGUUUUUCGUGAAUUUGCUGAGGCGAAUAUGUUGUUGCCGACGCUGCCGGCCCCGCUGCCCGUCGAUUGGCUCAAGCGCCUCGGCAUCUAUGAGCUUCUUGGUGGUCUCAAGGUCGAAGAUUUCGAUUAUAUGCAUUCCCUUAUCUUCAUUGACGAAAUGGCUCGUUCGGGUCUCGCUGGUCCAUCAGGCAGCCUGACGACAGGCUUCGCUUUCGGCAUCCCGCCGAUUAUCAAGUUCGGAAACCAAGCACUUCAGGAAAGGGUCCUUCCCGACCUUCUCACCGGGAAGAAGAGAUGCUGCAUCGCCAUUACUGAGCCCGAUGCAGGCAGCGAUGUUGCGAGUAUCACUACAGUAGCUGUGAAAAGCUCUUGUGGCAAGUACUAUAUUGUUAAUGGGACGAAGAAGUGGAUUACAAAUGGCAUCUGGUCAGACUAUGCGACCAUGGCAGUGCGAACAGGACCCCCUGGAUCCGGUGCAUCAGGCUUGUCUUUACUUGUUGUCCCGUUGAAAGGCUACCUAGGCGUUAGCAUGCAUCGCCUCAAGGUGGCUGGUCAAGUGUCUGCCGGGACCACGUAUAUCGAACUCGAUGACGUCAAGGUUCCGACUGAAAAUCUCAUCGGCGUCGAGGGUAUGGGUAUGCGAUAUAUAAUGACGAACUUUAACCACGAGAGAUUAGCUGUCGCUAUAGGUGUCACGCGACAGGCUAGAGUUGCACUUUCAACCACUUUCGAAUAUGUUAUGAAACGAGAAGCAUUUGGAAAACCGUUAAUGGACCAGCCCGUUGUUCGCCACCGAUUAGCCAAAGCCGGAGGCCUCCUAGAGAGCCAAUGGGCUUGGGUGGAACAGUUCGCCUACCAGAUGUCGCGAAUGCCGAAAAAUGACGCCGACCGCGAGCUUGGAGGCAUGACCGGCCUUCUCAAGGCACAGGCCGGUAUGAUUUUCCAUGAAUGCACAAGUACAGCCGUCAUUUUGUUUGGAGGAAAUGGCUAUACACGCAGUGGUCAAGGCGAGCUGGUAGAGAUGAUCUACCGCGAGGUCCCUGGAGCAAGAAUUCCUGGUGGCAGUGAAGACGUCUUGUUGGAUCUUGCCGUACGCCAGCUUGUGAAAAUAUACCAGGCAAAUACGAAAGCUCUUGAAGCCAAGGCAAAAAUAUAGAUAUGCCAGAUAUAAUGGCUUGGCUUUGUAUAAGACCUAGAUAGGAUUCCUGUAGCUUCACCCUGGUUGACCCUCAACGAUAUCCAUUAUUCUAAUGAUAUCACGUCCGCCACGCUGUUUCGGCGUUUCCUUUAUUGCGGCCAAGCCGAUAUCAUUUUCCACUCUACAUUUCACUUGUGAGAAAUGGAUACCUCAACAUCGCCCUAAUGCCCCUCAAUACCGGUUGAGAGAAAUCCCCAUAUGUACAUAGGUAGUAUUUGAAAUCGGAUUUCAGUUGUGCAUCCACCACCAUUCCGUCAUA